AUGGUGGCUGAAAAUGAAGGUAUUCUCGAAAAUUUGCGAGAACAAUUGAUUGAGGAAAUUGAAGGAGAAGAGGAAGAAGAAGAAGAAGAUGACGAUGAGAAUGACAGUGAUAAUCACGAGGUAAAUGACAUUUCGUAUAGCUCGAGUGAUUCAUGAUUCAUACUAAAUAGUAAAAGUGCACCCUAAUUUUUGUCAUCGAUUUUCUCCACAUCAGCUUCAUUUUUUGUGUACUUUUGAAUCAUCUACGAAAAUAUAUAUACUUUUUCUGAAAAAUAAUAAGUGGUUUGUCUCUAUCGAUUUUAGAAAACUUAUUUUAUUCAUUUUCAUAAGCUGAAUUUUCUAGACCAUUUUUUUUUUCAAAAAUUUGAAUCAAUUCAAAAACCCGUAGAAAGCUAGAAAUGAGUGUUAGCAAGUGAAAAUUUGAACACGUACUUUUUUCAAAUUUCGGUGUUGUUUGAAAAAAGAUAAUUGAGUCAAAAAUAGUGAUACGGUAUACAUACAAUGGGAAAAUUAUGUGCAAACACUAAUUUUGAUUUAUAAAUUUCUACAUGUCUUUAAAUAUUAAAAAAAAAACUUUAUAAUUCAAAUUCCUAUUCUCAAAAAGGCGUCAAAAAUCAUCUUUGAAUUUCCCGCGUCGUUUUUUUUCAUUUCUUUUAUACAUUUUCGAAAACUUUCCCAUCGUUUUUCGUCCCAAAAAACUCAUCAUCGUCAUGUUGCUUCUACUUUCGAAAUUGAAACAACAUUCAAUCAAUCGCUCUUUUCUACAGUAUUCAUUCAUUUCGUUUCGUUCACUUUUUUCAUCUCAUUUUUCAUCUUCUUCUUUUUCUUAUUCCUUUUUUCUUCACCAACCAAAAAAACCGGUAUAGUUUUUGGAUUACGGUAGUUAAGAUGUACAGUGAUUGGCGUUUUUUGGGAGGGAGGCGUGCAAUUUUUUUUGUCUGAAGAUCAAUGUAGUUUUUUUCGGUGUUAGGUUUUUUUGGUUCAACGAAAGAAAAAAAAGUUUUCUGGUUGAUUAUUAUUAUAAAGUGUAAUUAUAAUUGAUUUAUAAUUUUUCUUUUUCUUUCUCGUUUUUCCUUUUUUUCUGUCCUCUUUUUUUCCAAUCUGCUGGAAAAUGAUUAUAUGAACCUGGUUGUAAAAUGAUCUGUGACUUCUGAUAACUUCUGAUCUAUACAUAUAUUUUUUCCUGAAAAACAUUUCGUUCAUACUACAUGUGAGAAUGUUGCGAGUUGGUUUUUUUUGCGUUCGGGAAAAAAACGAAAGAGAUAGGAAGCAACACAAAAAAACGAAGUGAACGCCUGUUUACUUUUGAUUUGCACUUUUUUGCCCCGUUCUUUUUUUCUCGAGCAUCGAAAUGAAGUUUUAAAAAUACAUAACUUUUGGAAAAAAUCGUGCAAGAUAUUUUGAAGACAAAAAUCGUUUAUCAGACCACCGUGUACCAUUUUUAUCUCGACGUUUUUUUUUGACAUUUUUAUUUGCCCCCACCACUUUUUUUUUCGAUUUAUCAUUCAUUCAAUGAAAAAGAAAAAAUGCAAAAAGGUACUGUAGUGAACAUAAUAAAAUUUUGGCAUCGAGGGAACGAAACAAUUUUAAUUACCGAAUAUGUAUGGGUGGCAUCGCAGAAAAUAAAACACUUCGAAGACAAUUUUUCUGUCAAGUUUCAGUUAAUUUUUGAUCUACGUAAUAGCAUUCGCUGACCCUCCAUUCAUCUUCUCUUUCAUCGCCUCGAGACCAAAAAAAUUGUUCUUUAUUUUAAGAAAAAUGAUCAAGAGAGAGAGAGAAAUAGAGAGAGAGAGAGAGAUAGAGAGAAAAAGAGUAAGAGGUUUCGAACACUCUGAAAUUUAUCGAUUGAUUUUUGAAUCGAAUUUUUUUGUUGUGUGUGUGUGUUCGAAGUUUGCACUUGUGCUGGGUGAGUGAGUGAAUGAGUGAGGAACGAAAAGAGUUUUCUAUGUGUGUGUGUAUAUUUAUAUAUAUGUGUGUGUGCACUUUUUAAACUGUGUUCUUUUUCUUCUUUUCUCGAUGAUUUUUUUUCUUCGAACGCAUUUUUUCUGUCAUAUUUUCCUUCUUCCCACUUUUUUUUUGGUAUUCAAGAAAAAAGUGGUUUCUGGCUGGGGGAGAGACAGGGAGGCGUGAGAAAAAAGGCGGAGUUUGAGACCAGGGAGACGGGGUUCUGGAGUAAUGGGUUACUGUAGAUUUUUCUGAAUUCUAAAUAGAGUUAUUCAUAGGUUAGAAUGACAGAGGAAUUCAGUAUUUGAUUCGAAACCCUAGAAAUUUCAGAAAUUUCAAGAAGAUAGAACCUUUUUUUCCAAAAAUUAAGAUCUUAAGGACUAAUUUUGGUUUCGAAUUUGUCAGUUGUGAACUUUGGUCUUUGAAAAGUUCGAAUUUGUUGUUUUUUUUUUCAAAUUUUCCCACAAGAAGAAAAAUGUUAAAAAAAAAAUAUAUUCUCAAAUUAAGAUUUUAGAUUGAAUUUGUUCUUUGAAUUUUUAAUACCAAAAAAAUCCACGUUUAUGAUUCUCGAAUUUCAGCAUCUCUCACAAUAAUUUGUUUAUUUUUGUAACUGACACGGCAUUCUAUAAUAGUCUCUAAACUUUUGCUUUUUUCAUUAAAGCAAAGCAAAGCAAAAAUCAAUCUACAGUAUCGACAAAAAAUUUCGGAGAGGUUCACACAAUCGAUUUUUCGAAUCUUUUCUUUUUCGCAAGUUUUUGCACCGUUUAAUGACCUUCUUCACACAUUUUUGUAGCAGAUUUUCCGAGUUUCGAUAUUUUUUUUGGUCGACAGAGAUUUUUCAAAAUUAUUUAUUUAUUGUUAUACUUUUUUAAAACCUUUUUUCAAAGGUCAAAUUUUUUGUGUUUCGAUCAAAGCGUUCAAAAAAAGUUGGUCUAUCUAAAUAUAAUACAAUGUUUCUUUUUUCCCCGACUGUUGACAUGUGUAAUUUGAUAGAAAACAUACAAAACAUCGUGUAGUUCGAAAAAUCGAAGGACCAUUGAACCUAACUUCAAAUUUCCAUCAUCUUUAAAAUCUUCAAAAUAAUUAUUUCAGUUCGAUCAAAAGCCGGACGUGGGGGUUCUUCAACAACAGAUGCAAAUGCGCGAAGCAAAGCCCUACAAAUGUACACAGUGUGUUAAAACCUUUGCAAAUUCAUCGUAUCUUUCACAACAUAUGCGAAUUCAUUUGGGCAUCAAACCGUUCGGACCAUGCAAUUAUUGUGGAAAAAAGUUCACACAACUCUCGCAUUUACAACAACAUAUUAGAACUCAUACGGGAGAAAAACCAUACAAGGUUUGUUGGAUUUUUGUAGAAAUCAGAGGUUUCUGGAAAUAAAGUUGUUUAGAAAACAGUGAUAAUUUUGGAAAACCACGAUUUCUUAAAAGGCCAUACUUUUUUGAUACUUUUUUUUCAUUUCAAAAAGGAGUACUUAUAAAAUUUCGAUCAAUAUUUUUUAGAAACCUUUUUAAUUUCUGAUUUGUUUCAAAACCAUAUUUAAUUUCCUUUUUCAGUGUAAAUUUUCAAACUGUGAUAAGGCAUUUUCUCAAUUGAGCAAUCUUCAAUCACAUUCAAGAUGUCAUCAAACAGACAAACCAUAUAAAUGCAACAGGUACUUUUUUUUUGAAAUCCUAAACCUUUACAUCUUUUUUCUUUAGUUGUUACAAAUGUUUUGCCGAUGAACAAAUGCUUCUCGAUCACAUUCCAAAACACAAAGAAUCAAAACAUUUGAAAGUAAGUUAUCCCAAAAAUGAGCUUCUCAUUUUACACCAAAAACAAUUCAUUCAGCGUCUUAAGGUGCACAUUUGCCCAUUUUGCGGUAAAUCAUAUACUCAACAGACUUAUUUGCAAAAACAUAUGACGAAACAUACGGAGAGAAAUGCAAAAAAUGCCAAUAAUUUUGCGUAAGUUUAAUUUUUUUCUGGCAACAGUUUGACCUGCCGAAAGGCGAGAGUUACAGAAAAAAAAUUGUGAAAUCAAAUGACCAAGGUCACAAAAAACCAUGGAGUGUUGAAAUGAAACUUCAUAAGUUCUCAGAAUCCUGAAUCCUUUUUAAAAUCCUGAACUCCAAGUAACUUUUGAUUGAUAUUCAUUUAUUAUAGCCGCAAUGAAAAAUCAAUCAGUUCUCAUAUUUUUCAGCAACGAAGUUCAAUCUGAACACUUUGACACCCAACUUUUGGCAUGGAAUUCAAUGCAAGGAAUGAAUGACAGUGCAGGACACGAUGCUUCUUCCUUUAAUGCAAUUAGUUAGUUUUUUCUUCCCAAAUCUUUUCAAAAUAAAAAAAAAACUGAUUUUUCAGAUCCAUUUGCAUCGAACUCAAUGAUCGGUUCAGUUUCGGGAUCUCAAUCAACACCAUAUCAAAAUAGUGCAUUUACACAAUUAUUGAAUUUUCAAUAUAAAAACAAUUCGAGAUAUCUGCCCGAAUAUCAAGGAACAAAACAAAACGGUGAACGACCAGCAAAGUUAGUUUCUUCGAAUUUGAUUCUAUUUUCGGGGGAAAAUUAGAGGUUUCUGAAGGGAUAAUUAUUUUUUGUUUAAAAUUAUAUUUGAAAUUUGAAAAUAAUCAAGAAGGGGACAAUAUUAUUGAAGAAUUAACUUUACUUUACUUUCUGGUGAAAUUACAGUAACUCUACCAAAAUAUAUUCAUGACCUGGUAAAGUUACCAUUUUUGCUAAAAAAACGAAUAUUUCGAGUUUUUGAAAAAAAAUCCAUUAAUUAGAUUCUAUUGUGUUGCUUAUGAGCUUUUUUCGGAAAAAUCCUCACUGAACAGAAAAAUUUCAUUUUUAUCAAUAGAAAAAAUAGGUGGUUUUGAUAUAACUGUAUGGUUAUAUUUUAUCAUCACAAGUCAAAAGAGCUACUGUAGUUUACAGCCAAAAAUUGAUAGGUCGAAAAAAUAUAGUUACCGUCGUUGUACAUAUCACUGGAAUUCAAUUUUGGAACUCAAUUCUGGGUUACUGUAGUUCGUGCCAUAGUUUUCGAUUUUAAAAAAAUUCUCUGAAUUAUUUUUUAGAGAAAAAUGCUCCUUAUCUACCAUAAAAAUGUGAGAACUUAUAGUAAAAUAUAUUCUGUGAUAAUAUGAUAAAAUAAUAUUUGAAUAUAAAUAUCCAACAUACUUAAUUGUUUUCAGUUUCAACAUGAUUCCAUUGGAAAAUAUUCAACGUUACAAUGGAACGACAGCCACGACUGCCACCACAACGACACCAGCGACAGUCACAAAUAAUGGCACAACCCCACCUUCAAAUCCAACAACACCCCAACAACAAUUCAAUCCGCAAAGUAUUAUUAAUACAAUGAAAAACCAAUAUUAG